AUGAAGAGAUUGGGUCGUCUUCGCUAUUUUCUGGGUCUUGAGAUUUAUGAUUCCUCUGAUGGCUUCUAUUUGUCUCAAGCCAAGUAUGCCUCUGAUCUUCUUUCUCGGGCCGGUCUCACUGAUUGCCAGACAGCUUCCACACCUCUUGAUUAUGAUAUUCGUCUUACUCCAUUGGAUGGUUCUCUUCUUGAGGAUCCUACGUUAUAUCGCCAGCUCGUUGGGAGUUUGAUAUAUUUGACUGUCACUCGGCCUGAUAUAGCUCAUGCUGUUCAUAUUGUGAGUCAAUUUAUUGCUGCUCCGAGAACCACACAUCAUUCUGCUGUGUUGCACAUCCUUCGCUAUGUGAAGGGCACCUUAUUGCAUGGUUUACAUUUCUCGACCAGUUCUUCCUUGUCCCUUAGCGGCUACUCUGAUGCAGAUUGGGCUGGAGAUCCUACCGAUCGUCGCUCCAAUACCGGGUAUUGCUUCUUCUUAGGUGAUUCACUUGUCUCUUGGCGCAGUAAGAAGCAAACCUUGGUUUCCCGUUCGAGUGCCGAGUCUGAGUAUCGUGCUCUUGCUGAUUCCACCGCAGAGCUAUUAUGGUUGCGUCGAUUACUUGCUGAUCUUGGUGUCCCUCAGUCAUCCUCUACUGCUCUUCAUUGUGAUAGCCAGAGCGCUGUCAAGAUGUCUCAUAAUGAUACGUUUCAUGAGCAUAGCGGAUGUCUUCACGAAGUCUCUCCUUCCCGGUCGCUUUUGUUUACUUCUUAG